AUGUCAGGCACACGGACACCACGGUCCUACGCGGUAAUCACAAAACCCGCCUCUGAGAAGUUUGACGGACCCUCGGCAAGCUUCAUCAGCACUCGUGUUCCGGCUGCAUCCCGAGGGCAGCGAGCCGACGUCGAUGCGGCGCGCUUAUCUCUGGAUCCCCAACAUGCAGCGGCCAAGAUUCGAUACCCCGGAUUUUGGGGGUUCGGAGUGACGUCCGAGUUGGAGGAAACCCGGCCGAUGGCUGUCCCAGCCCGAACUAAGAAGUGUAGCACAAUGUGUGCCCGGCCCGUGAUCGAAUACCUACCCGAAACACGUAACCAACGCAAUGUGGAUUGUGCGCUGCAAGACGCGUAA